CGAACGGGCAAGGCCCAAAAGGGCCAACACUAAAAAAAAAUAUACGUAUGACAGAAAUAAACACAGAAAGCAAAACGCUGUGGUUCAACCAUUUAUGAGUUCUGACUUUCACUAAUCAAAUUUUGGUUGCAAUUCUGAACCCUCUUCAACUAUCCACAAAGCCAAGGUAAACACGUCAUUGAUUCGAUUAAAGGGUUGCAAUUUUUUGCUGGAAAUUUUGAUCAGUCAAAUGGGUAUUCUCCAAGAAGCCAGAGAAAAUCAUGUCAAGAAGAAGGUUGAAGAAGCUUUACGCAGCAAAAUGAAGGCGAAGGCACUAAAAGAAUGUGAUACUUAUACUUCAAAGUAUGCUGAAUGUGCUUAUGGAAGGACUCUAUCCGUUGUUUGGAAGUGUAGGCAACAAGCAAAGGAAUUGAAUAAUUGCCUUCAUCAAUAUACCAAUGACUCUGUUCUGGAAGAAAUGAAGAAAGAGUACAUGAUACAGGAGGAGGCCAAGAGCUCUGCUAGAGUCUGAGCUUAUAUAAUGAGAUGUUUAAUUUGAACUGAGGAGCCAGGGAAGAGCUAAAGUGCAGUGUGUCUUGAUAUCGUGUGUUGGAAUAUCAAUGGUAUGGCAGCUACUUACAUCCUUUUCAAAGUCCCUUGCAUAGUUAUACAUCAAAACUGAGCAAGAAUGUGGGCAAUUGCAAACCCUGCGUAGGAUUUUAGUGUAAUGAUGCACUAUUGGUUUUUAGGAAUUUUGACAAUUAUGCACUGUAAUUCAAAUCCAUUGGCGUUGAAUUGAGCUUGGAGUUUGGAAUAGAUUGAUAAUUGGCCUAAAUUUCUUUCUGUUUAGUUUUCCUCAUCUUAUUUGCGAGCAUCUUUCAAAUUCUUUGUAGCACCUGCGCACUGGAUAAAGCUUAUGUUACCUAGGCUUGAACGCCCCUAACCCUUCGUGUUUCUGUUUUUGUUAUCACAAAGACUUGUAUACAACAGAUGCAAUUGUAUUUAACAAGUAGAGUCAACUUUGUCAAGGAUGAAAAAUACACCCGUUACAUACAAGACAUAUUGUAUGUUUUUGGUAUGUGAUGGCAUUUGUACGUGUAAAACUUCCAUUGACACGGUCUCUAGAUCUUAUCUUGUGGUGAUGAAUUUAUGUUAUGAAGGCUUUUCUUA